GAACCUGUAAGUGUUGUGUUGUCCCAAAAAGCAGAAUAUAUAAUGCAAAAUGGACAUAUGAAGUUGAUUCAAACCAAAGAAACGUAUCAAUAUAUUCCCAUCCUGAAAACCUUGAAAGCUUUACUUAACCAUCCUGACAUUCUUGAUGAGGUACUGUACUAUAUUCAAGCACUCAUGCAUUAAUAAUACAUGUCAACCAUAAUAUAUCACGUACAGUGGCUUUAAACCUGAUAAAGCACUCCUAAUUAGUAUUCUUUAUAUAAAGAAUACUAAUUAGGCAGUAUCCAUUGUAGUUGUGUCCUCAUUAGUAUAUUAUUUAUAUGAAGAAUACCAACAAGCAGUAGCUAUAUAUUUAUUAAAUUUGUAGUCGUGUUUAAACCUAAUACUUCAAUUACCACAGAUUUAUUAUUAUCAUAUUAUAAUUUUAUUUGGUCAGAAGAACACAUAAUUGACUAUUAAAAUAUUGUUGACAGAGUAAUUGUUUAUGUAAAUACUUGAUUUAAUGAUUUACCACAUAUCGUGUUUAUUUAAAUAGAUUAUAUUUUCUUAGAUUUAUAACACACAUGAAAGCAAGGAUGGUUUAUUAAGAGAUUUUUGCGAUGGGCAGGAUUUUAAAGAGCACCCACUUUUUGGCAAGGAACCAAGAUCAAUUGUCCUUCAUGGAUACUUUGAUGAAUUUCAGCUGACAAAUCCACUGGGAUCAAAAACAAAAACUCACAAGUUAGGUAUGUAGUAUAUGCAUGGAAUUUUAAUUAUUAAAAUAACAAAGAAGAACACCUAGUUCAAAACUGCAUCCCCCCCCCCCAAUAUAGUCAGUACCGGCAUAAUUUACCUUGUGUAGUUAAAUUUCAGGUGGUUUCUACUUCAUACUUAGCAAUUUGAGACCAUGUUACAGAUCUCGUAUCAAUAGCAUCCAACUAUUUGCAUUGUGUAAGGUUCCAUUGAUAAAGAAGUAUGGAAUUGACAAGAUUCUGCAACCUUUUAUGGAUGAUGUAAAGUGUCUUGAAUCUGUGAGUAUGCAAAAAUAUAAAUCAAUUUAUUAAUGUUACACUAUAUUAUAUUAUACAUGUGAGUUGAAAUUCACAUUUUCUUUCUGUCCAAGUGGAAGAGUAGAUUUUGGAAGCCUCGAUUAAGAUCGACACCAAAAGAUAUCAUUUUUUGUCAAUUCAAUGUAACUACAGUAAGUGUUUUCUUCUUGCAAUUCAUACAGGAUCAUGGCAUUACUGUAGAAGUGGACAAUGUUAAAAAUGUAUUCCGAGGUAGCAUUGGGCCUUUUUCCAGUGAUAACCUAGGUUCACAUGCUAUUGGUGGUUACACAGAAAGUUUUAAUUGCUUAAGAAUAUGUCGAUUCUGUAUGGCUACUAAAGAAGACAUUCAAACUAAGGUAAGUUGUAUCUUCAUCUUAAGCUGUUAUUGUACGGUUGGUUUAAUGCCUUGAAUUGCUUAAUACUGCAUGUAGUUUCUGAAAUGUAGACCUCCCUGAGCCCCUGAUUACAAUAGAAAUUGUAUACCGUUCAACAUUUCCCUUUUGGGCGAAAGUCACUUCUCUGCAAUUUAGUAGUUGAAACAUCAAAGUUUUUAAUAGGGUCUGAGAUUCCAGGCGAGAAAUUCCAUUCAGCUGCAUGACGUCACCUCUAGGAUUCCCUGAUUCUGGUAGUACCGGCACUUCUGAUGGUUGAGCUAGAAAUGCAUGUGUUGUCCACUGUAACUGCUUGUGAAAUUCAAUAUGAUACAGAUAUUUCACAGCACACUCCCUAUAGGGCUUUUGAGUGACUGGUUACAUUAUGAAUAGAUAGAUAGAACCGGACUGACGUGAAGCAGACCGAGGUAGACUUUGAGCUUACAAAUGGCGCUUGAGCAGCUACUAUUAGUCCGUACCUCAUUAAUGAUCUGUCUCCAGACCUAUGUGCCUAACCCACCCUGUCAACUUUCCCUGUGGGAGGAAACACAGAGUACCCGGAGAAAACCCACGACUUUCGGCAGAGCGUUGACUUUUACUCUUUUCACAUGAGGACUGGGUUCGAGUCACAUUGAGAAGUUCUCACUGAGAUUCGAACUUGCGGCCCUAGAGGUGAAAGGCAAGUGCGAUAACCACUUCGUGACCGAAGCCCCCAAUAUGGCUGAUCUCAUGCGCAUAAUGAAUAUUCAAUGUGUACUUUGUCACAUUUGCAUCUCAGAACCUUCUCAUUGAUACAAAUGUUAGUGCAUUUCCAGCUCAACCAAUCAAAACGCACAACCAGAAUCAUGGUAGAGGUGACGUCAGCUGUAUGGAAUUUCUCGCCUCGAAUCUCAGUGCCCGCCCUGAUAUGGGGUCUGAUUUUUUGGCUAACAUUUGAACUACUGUGGCUAUUUGCUACAAUAUAUUCGACUUGCACAUCAUUGCACAUCAUAUAGCUGGAAAUAUGCCUAAAUGAUCUUAAUUAUCAGUGCAUGGUGUGUAUCACAGCAGAGUCUAGUGACUAUAUUAAACUUAAGGACCAUAUCUGCCAGUGGGUUUGUAAUGCGUGAGGGGUACAUCUUAAUGAGACAAAAUCCUCGGUGACACUGGUAACGUUGAUAUGAUGAGUGUGUAGGUCAUAGGUUAAAAUGAUGACUGUGUAGGGUUAAUUGUGACAAUCAUAGUGUAGUCUAUUGUAUUGUGAUUAAUUAUAGUUACUGUAAUUAAUAUACUGUAAAGGUCACAAAAGGCAUUGUAAUUUAGUCGAAAACAAUCCAUCCUUUUCAAGCGUGUAUGGUGUCAAAAGAGAUUCGAUAUUAAAUCAGUCUAAAUUCUUUCAUGUCGUUGAUGGUCUUGACUUGGAUCCAAUGCAUGACCAAUUGGAAGGUGUUCUCCCUUUAGAACUGAAAAUGUUGCUGUUUAAGUAUAUUCAAUCCGACAAAAUGGUCACGCUAACAACCAUAAACGAGAGGAUUGCUUCAUUUGACUAUGGCUUAGCUGAUGCAACAAAUAAACCUAGUCCCUUGAAAGAUCAAGUGUUCUCAUCCAAUUCAGCAUCAAUAAGUCAAACAGGUAUAUUGUGCCUAUAUACUGUACAUAUGUUCAUACGCGGAUGUCCAAGACGAUAUCGUAUGCAUGGAAAGAUAUGUCAUAUGCAAGCAAAGAUUUUAAAUAGCUAUAUGACACGAUUUCUUUUUAUGUAUAAAGCGUCUCAGAUGUGGUGCCUAGCUCGAAUGUUUCCAUUGUUGGUCGGUGACAUAGUACCACAUGGUGAUAAGAAUUGGGAGAAUUUCUUGCGAUUACUCCAAAUUGAAGAAAUCGUUUUUGCACCUAAACUAAGCGCAGAGCUGGCUUCCUAUCUUGGUAUUUUGGUCCAGGAAUACUUGGAGACAUUCGCUGAUCUAUAUGAUAGAACAAUUAUUCCUAAGCAGCACUACAUGGUCCAUUACCCCAGACAAAUAUUAAGGUAAUGGUUUUCUGGAAUUAGAAACAACAGUGUGAAACCAUGAGACAUGCAAAAUAGCCAGAAAUUUUAGUUUUUUUAGUUGAUAAGUUUCAGAAUUAUUGAAUUAUGGUUAACUAUUCUUGCCCAUGCUACUGUAUAUAGACUAUCCUGUGGUUAAUAAAAUGACUGAAACAUACCACACAGUCCAUACUUGAUUGCAGUAAAGUAUUUUUUGACAAAUACCUAUACUCGAUGGUGCGUUAUGGGAUGUUACAAUUUACCGUUGUCGUGAUUGCACCCUAUAACUGUAAACAGUAUCCAAUAAUUUGUAUGCAACUGGAAGGUUUCAGUUCAUCUAUUUUGUAUAUAGGAGAGGACCUUUGGUACGAAAUUGGGCAAUGAGGUUUGAAGCCAAACACAGUUAUUUCAAGAACGUUGCUGGGAUUGUGAAUAACUUCAAAAAUAUUGAUCUGUCAUUAGCUAGACGCCACCAAGCUCUACAAGCAUACCUACUUCAAGGAAAACCGGGGUCGUUAACCAAACCGCUACUUGAACAUGGACCGGGUAUGUUAAAUUUAUCGUAGAGUAGCACCUAAUUUUUUACUAUAUGUUAGAGUUAUAAACCGAGUAGGAGGUUUAUAACUGAUAUAUUGACCCCGAGGACGCGUAGCGUCCGAGGGCAAUAUAUCAGUUAUAAACCGACUUUCGAGGUUUAUAACUAACUUAUAAUAUCUCAUUUGCGGAGGCUUUCCAACAUAUUUUGUCAUUUUCAAAAAUUUUUAAUGAAAAAUUCUCGCGUUUUGUCUACAAGUUUCAUCUAAUCAUUUAUUCAAGGUAUAUAAGCUAGUUAUAAACCUCGGACGAACAAACAAAACCGACGCAAAUGAGAUAUAAAGGCUAUUAUUAUAGCAAUUAACUUCUUCAAACAUAUACUGUAACAUAUACCCUGUAACAUACUUUAACAUAUAUAGUAUAUCCUGUAUUUGUAAAGUAUAAUAACAUCCUUUGUGUGCAUGUGUUUCUAAUUUACAGCACAAAGUACAUUGGUGGAAUCUUCAUCUGUAUGUGACACUUUGAUCACCUUGCAUUGUGGAAUUGCAGCACAAUCGUCGCUCUCCAUGUAAGUAUGCAGGCUUUUUUGAUGUGAUCAUUUUCGUGGAAAACUAUAUCAAGGUCGUCGUUUGUGUUAUAUACGCAAAACUUUGAAGGCCGCGUCGUCUUGUAUUGAAACAAAUGACUUGAAUAUUCUCUAUAUAUAAUACAUGAUGUAAAAAACUUAGUAGUUUUAUAUUUGUCCUGCAUGGUUGUGCACAAUCGUGUUGAAAUUAGUACAACUCCAAAACCUCGAACCUGAAUUACAUUAUUCGACGUUUGUGUUUUUAUCCAGAUGUCCGUGGAUAAGAUUCAAUGGGACGAGAUAUGCAGUGGGAUGUGUGAUCGUUAUCGAGUUAGAGCACUCGGAGCCAGUAUUUGGAAAGGUCAUGCAAAUCAUAGUGAUUGAUAACAGCGUUGUUAUUUUUAAGUAUAGCAGAUUACUUGUUGUUCAAUACGUCGACCAUUUGAAUGCAUAUGAUGUAAUGGAAGAAGAUGUGAAUGAGGGCUUGAUCCUUCAUGAAAAGCUAGCAGAUUUUCACCCACUUGCAACCCAUCAAGGAUUUGGCACGAAUGCAGGCAAGACAUUUGUUAUCCUUCGUUAUAGGAUUGAUUGUAUGCAAUAA